CCUGUGAGAGUGAAAAUCAGGGGAAAGAGUGAUUAUGGCCACCGGGAUGGUGAAUGCUUCCAACAAAGUAACCAGCUUAACAGGUUUGAGGACGGAUUGUUAUUUUUAUAUCACGGAAGCCUUGCUUAAAGAAUAAAUCGGUGAACCUGUAGUAAGAAUGAGUUGCCCGCUAACACAAGGAGAAGAAAAGUUGCCACCCGAGGAACUGGAGUGCAAAAUAUGCUACCAGAGAUUUAAUGUUCAUAGUCGCAAACCUAAAAUCUUGGACUGUCUUCACAGAGUAUGUGCUAGGUGUCUGACCAAAAUAUUUCUCAUCGGCAAUGGAGCCACCGGUAUUCCAUGCCCAUUUUGCCGCCAUGAGACAGAACUUCGUGAGGAAGAAGUCACAGGGCUUCCUGAUGACACAAACAUUAUGUCCAAACUCCUUUUAAAGGACAAAACAGCAUGGAACUCAGACUGCAAAGAAGUGGUGUUAACUCCGAAGAACUUGGCCUCGAGUCCUUCCCACGGAUCUUCCAACUGCUUAGUAAUUACGAUAAUGGAAGUACAGCGAGACUCCUCAAGGAUUCCAAGUCAAAGUACUCUCUCUGAUUACUAUGUGGAGCAUAGCAUGGAUUCGGUAUCUGUAAGUUCUCACAGCCAACCAGAUCAAGAUCUUUUCUCCAAACUUUGUAAUCACGUCCCCAGAAUAUUAGUGUGGCUGUUAGGAUUUUUCUAUUUUGGCUCCUUGCCUCUUGGAAUCUACCUACUGGUGAUUCAGAAAGUCACCCUGGGAAUUGUGUGUGUCAGUCUUGUCCCUUCCAGUCUAACCGUAUGUCUUGUGUAUGGGUUCUGCCAAUGCCUCUGUCAGGGAAUGUGUGACUGCUCUUCAAGAAGGUGAUCAUUCUUUAUCAGGUU